GGAGCAUCUGGCUGUUUAAGCGGAAGCACCGCUGCCCUCAGACAUGUGACGCGCGGACCGUUUCCGCCUUCGUCACUCCCAGCCACAGGGGGCGAGUUCUUUCUAGAGGUUCUGGGGCCGCCUCCCCUCUAUGGCAGGGAGGGAGCGGGAGAAAUAAAGGAGGCUACUGCGCAUGCUCAGAACCUGGGGGGAGGCGGUGGGGGAAAAUGGCGGACAGCAAAGCGGGAGAGGAGAAGCCGAAGCAGCUGCAGGCAGACGGAGUCAAGAAACAUCAUGGACAGGCUGUUUGUAUGACUUGGAAAACAUGGCAGGAAAUUAUAGGACCUGAAGAAGAGGCAGAAAAACCUGUGAAAACUAAGACUGUUUCUUCCAGUAAUGGAGGGGAAAGUUCGAGUCGCAGUGCAGAGAAACGGUUAGCUGAUGAAGAAGCUGAAGAUUUCACCACAAAGCCUGCUCCUGCCAAAAUGUCCAAGUUUGGAUUUGCCAUAGGCAGUCAGACAACAAAGAAGGCACCUGUGAUAUCCAUCAAACUUGGAGCAAAUAAACCUAAAGAGCCUGCUUCCACCCUAGCUCCAAAAACUCUUUCUGUAGCAGCAGUUUUCAAUGAAGAUGAUGAUAGUGAACCAGAAGAAAUGCCUCCAGAAGCAAAGAUGCGCAUGAAGAAUAUUGGAAGAGAUACACCAACCUCAGCAGGACCAAAUUCUUUCAACAAAGGAAAGCAUGGGUUUUCUGACAACCAGAAGUUGUGGGAACGGAACAUAAAAUCUCAUCUUGGAAAUGUCCCUGAGGAUGAUGACUAAAUGAUAUCUGUUGAGAUUUGGGUGAGGGGGUGGGAGGGAGGGCGGAGUGUGAUAUUAAAGGAACAGUUUCCUUUUUUAAGAAUGGUCUGAGAUUUACCUUUGGAGCCACUUUUUCUAAGGAUUGAGUGGUACAAUAAUAACUGAGUUUGAAAUUAGAGGUAAUUUAUGUUUUGUAUACAGAUUUCAAGGCAUUUGCUAAUUUUGUAGUUCUAUGUGAUUAGUUUCAAAAGGUUACAAAUAAAGAAAUUGGAAGUGGUACUUUUUUAAUUUUUGGGGGGGGUUCACAGCAACUCAUACAACAAGGUGGACAAAAAAAGGUUACUGUCUCUUUAAUCAGGUUAAUGUUGAAUGCUACUGCACCCUGGCUUCUAGCUCCCUCUUUAUAUUAGAUGAAACAUUUGGAUCCUAAGAUCAGUCUUAACAGAGAGGGAGCAGUGCCUUGUGUUAGAAGUGUUGUUAGGCUAUUAAUCUGAACAUAAAUUUAUACAGAGUAGAAAUCUUAACAACCUGAAUAUUUUUCCUCCCCCCUGGUCACUUUUUGUUCUUCACAAACUAAGAAUUGUGUUGCUCUGAGUGCUGUGGUAGCUUUAGCUCUAAUCUUCCUUUGAAACUUUAUGCAAAGUGUGUAAUAGUCUAUCUGUGGUCUAGAUCAUCCUAAGGAAGGGGUCUUAGCUGUAUAUUAGAUACAGUCUCUAAGGAACAUUCACUACAGCGUGCUCUUAGUCAGUAGUACAAGUAGUGCUUGUUAGCAUUUCCUUGUGAAUUAAAUGAAUAAGAAAAUAUUAAGAUAUCAAUAUAGAAAAGCCACCACCAAAAAGAUGAAAAUAUGUAAUUUAUUUAAUCAUAAUAUUUAGUUUAAAUGUCUUCCUUUAUUAUGCCUAAAAGGAAUAAAAGCCACCCCAAAAAUUCAGAAACUUAAUUUUUGUGCUUAUCAGCAGUAAGAUGCACUUUGUAUUUUGACAUUUUUAAGUACUCCUCUAGAUGCUAAAAUAUGUUGUGGCUUCAAAGGACACUAUCAGGCUUAAAACAUAUUUUUGUUACCUGCACUACUAAUAUUUCUGACUAACAGUUCUUAAAAAAAACAAACAAAAAAAAAAACAAAACUUUUCACCAGGCUGUUAAAUUUUUUGCACCUAGUUUGAGCAAUGACAGUAAUUGGUCGUCUUCAUUUUCAGGAUUUCAUAUACUAGUACAGUGCUCUGUUAGGAUUUCAAACAUGGUGAGGGCUGUCUAAAAUUCCAUUAAGCUAUUUUCACUAAUUUCAAAAAUUGAGAACAUUUGUCUUUAAAAAAAAUACUGCUGUUUUUGGAAGCCUAAACUACCUGAUAGUGUCUGCUAGUAAAGUUAUUCUUCAUGUUUG